AACCUCGACGUUCAACUAACCCCGACUUAUCAGAAAAGACAGACCACCUCUCGCACUAGCCAUGCCUCCCAAGUUCGAUCCCUCCGAGGUCAAGGUCAUCCACCUCCGUGCGACCGGUGGUGAAGUCGGUGCCUCCUCCGCCCUUGCCCCCAAGAUCGGUCCUCUCGGUCUUUCGCCCAAGAAGGUCGGUGAAGAUAUCGCCAAGGCCACCGGCGACUGGAAGGGUCUGCGCGUCACCGUCAAGUUGACCAUCCAGAACCGUCAGGCCGCCGUCUCCGUUGUUCCCUCCGCCUCUUCCCUCGUCAUCAAGGCCCUCAAGGAGCCUCCCAGGGACCGCAAGAAGGAGAAGAACAUCAAGCACACCAAGUCCGUCCCUCUUGACGAGAUCAUCGCCAUCGCCAAGACCAUGCGCUUCAAGUCCAUGGCCAAGUCCCUCGAGGGUACCGUUCUUGAGAUCCUCGGAACCGCUUUCUCCACCGGCUGCCAGGUUGACGGCCGCUCCCCCAAGGACGUGUCCGACGACAUCAAGAACGGCGAGAUCGAGAUCCCUGAGGAGUAAAUGUCUGCACAUCGAUAAAACGGUGCAUGACAGACAUGAUUGGAUGAUUUACGCCAUAGAUGGUCUACAUAGCUGAAUGAGCAGUACGUCUCCAACACAGAACUCCAGUCAUCCACUGGUGGGACAUGCCCAGCUGCGGCGUUCCGGUGUCUGAUACACAAGUGACCUUGGCACAAGGCAAUGAGAUACCCAUUUUGUCGACUCCAUUCGCUCCUCAAUGAUUAAAAAUGCCAUUGAUCUUUAAUGAAUUAUGGCGUGUUUUCAAGCUGUGAGCCGAGACAGUCAGAUGUACCUCACUGUGUAAUUCCGUGUACAUACUUUGUUAGAUCAAUGAUUAGUAGACAAUGCCUCUGUGACCUCCG